AUGGUUACAUCUUUGUUUGGUGCGAGCACAUUACCUGUAUUACAAUUUGAAGCACCACCUUCAUUAACAUUCUCGGAUCAUAUUCCAAUUAGCUUCUCUGUUGCAUUAUCAAUUAAUCAACCCGUUAUUGUUACCGUCAAUCUUUUAACGGCUGAUUUUCGACCACAUCAUCUUAUCAUUACACCGCAACAACCUACCGUUCAUAUUGCGGAAUCUACUAUACAUAAAUUUGAAGACUUAUACAUUAGAAGACCGACUGAAACAGUUGAAGAGAAUGCGAUUCAAUCAACAGGAACAAAUCAACAGUGUAGUGAUGGUGCUAAAAAAGUGAAUGAAAGAUGGGCGGAAGAAGAAGAAAGUAUUCGAAUAAUGGUUGAAGCAGCAACACCACGUGCUUCAUCAGUGAUUGUUUCUGAUGUAAUGCAUCGUAAUAGCGAAUCGCUUAAAGUGAUUGAAAUAAGUCACAGUAUUGUGCGGAAUACUAAAGAAACAAUAUGGUUGCUAUUAAGUAAACCGGUAAUUAAUGUUAGCAUAUUCGUUGAUAUUGGCAAUCGAAUGUUACCCGUUGAACGAGUGAAAAUUUAUGAUAAGUUGGUCAUAUUUUCUUUACCGACUCUUGUGAUUCCGGAGAAGAUAGAUAAAACAUCAUCAUCCGCAACAAAUAUUUUCAAAAUAUUUUUAAGAAAUGAUACACAACAAUUGGAACUUCCGGUGCAAUUGCAUGUCAGUGAUAUGAGUAAUAAACAAAAUACAGCAGAAGUUGUCAAUAAGGAAGCGUUAAUAGCAUCGUUGUUCGAAUUUGCUGCCGAAGGAGAGCCAUUGGCUUUGGUGAAACCAUUGAUGCUGCUUCUCGGUACAUCUGACAACGACGGCUGCAAUGCCUUACAUGUAGCAGCACGUAAUAAACAAAAUUUUGCGUUAAAAACAAUGCUAUCGGUGCUAUGUGAAUGUAACGAUGAAACGGAACGUCAAAGAAUUCUUAAUGCUCCAAAUACUCGAGGACAAACAGCGCUUCAUUGUGCGGUACGAGCUGGUGAUCCGGACUGUGUACAUUAUUUAAUUAGUGCUGGAGCCAAAAGAAAUGUUGUAGAUAAUAAUAUGGAUACAGUUGCGCAUUAUCUAGGAGAGGUUUAUAAUGAUGCAAUUUAUAAAGAAAUUUUGGAAACGAGUGGUAGUGAAGAAGUGGAAAAUGAAAGUGAUAUCAACGGAGAGAAUAUUUUAGCCAAAAAAAAUAAUUCUGGAUAUACGCCAGCUCAUAUCGCCGUUAAAAAGCUAAAAUUAAGCUUAUUAGAAGCAUUGAUAGAGGCCGGUGCUCCUAUAGAUAUUCCUGACAAUGAUGGCGACACACCACUUUUGACAGCCCUCUACAUGGAUGACAUUGAUACGGUCUCUUUACUUGCUCAGCACAAUUGUAAUGUUAAUGUAAUGUCGAACAAUGGAGAUACACCUCUCAAAGUUGCAUGUAGAAAGAAGAAUCUUGUUAUGAUUGGGCGUCUUCUUGAUGCUGGAUCGACUACGGAUUCUCUGGGAACAGGUGACGAACGACCAGUAGAAGCAGAUGACGAAGAUGUGAGACGGAUUCUAAACGGCGAACGGAUUGAAGUAUCUAAUAUGUAUGCACAGAACGGUACUGAGGAAGAACAAGAAAUCAAUGAAUUGCAAAGUGAAGAAUCGAUUAGCACAGCAGCAAGCACCGAUGCUGCAACCAGUUAUCGACUUCGGAAGCUCAAAG